AAGGGGGGGGCGUUUUAGCACUGCAGGAGGAAAAGGCAUCACUUUCACAGCCUGCCCAGGAAGCAAUAACAGAAAGGAGAUCUCUUUUAUCCCAUCCCCAACGCAUUUGCUGAAAAGUCUUUUGCGAUCCCUAAACUACUUGGUGGGCUGGGCGGGAGCGACUGCACUCAACCCGAUAUAAGCCCCUAGGAAAGUCACGCUGCCCUUCCAUCGGGACAACACGGCAGAGCAAGGCUGUCGCCGGAGUUCGUGGAUCGGACGCCUCUCCUGGUUCUUCCUGGCGCCUGGGAGCCCCCCGUUGCCAUGUCCUACCCCCAGUUCGGAUACCCCUACUCAUCUGCACCCCAGUUCCUGAUGACUACCAAUUCCUUGACCACUUGCUGCGAGACCAGCGGCCGGACUCUCGCGGACUCGGGGGCGGCGGCAGCCUCCGCGCAGACACCCGUCUAUUGCCCCGUGUACGAGAGCAGGCUGCUGGCCACGGCCAGGCACGAGCUCAACUCGGCAGCUGCCCUGGGGGUCUAUGGCAAUCCCUACACGAACACCCAGGGCUACGGCAACUACGUCACCUACGGGACGGAGGCGUCGGCCUUCUACUCCUUGAAUAGCUUUGAUUCGAAGGAUGGGAGUGGAUCUGCGCAUGCGGGAAUUACCCAGGCGGCCGCUUACUAUCCCUACGAUCACACCCUCAGUCAGUAUCAAUAUGACAGAUAUGGCACCAUGGACGGAGGGACACGGAGAAAAAAUGCCACUCGAGAGACAACCAGCACACUGAAGGCCUGGCUGCAGGAGCACCGCAAGAACCCCUACCCAACCAAGGGUGAGAAGAUCAUGCUGGCCAUCAUCACCAAGAUGACCCUCACACAGGUCUCCACCUGGUUUGCCAACGCCAGGAGGAGGCUCAAGAAGGAGAACAAGAUGACCUGGCCACCAAGGAACAAAUGUGCUGAUGAAAAGAGACCCUAUGAAGAUGAGGAUGAGGGAGACGGUCCAGGGGAGAGCCUGAAGAAUGAGAAACUUGAGGAACCCGCGAGCAAGGAGGACAAAGAGCUGGGCCUAAGCGACCUGGACGACUACGACCCGCUGGAAUCCGAGAGCUCGGAGGGCGAGCUGAAGGCUCAGGCCUUCGGCCACGUGGAGAGCGACGGCUGCGCCAGCGAUCCCUGCAAGGAGGCCUCCCUGGGCGCGGCCACGCUGGAAAGCAACCUCGAGAGGGCCAAGAGCUGCCUCAAGGACCCCACGUCGGGCCCGGAAGCCUGCGAGGCGGCGGAGCUCCUGAGCGCCCGGCAGAGGAGCUGCGAGGCCAAGCCCUGUUAUCAGCAGCAGCAGCAGCUCCUGGAAGCCAACAGCAAGCCGAGGAUUUGGUCGCUGGCGCACACGGCCACCUCGCUCAACCAGGCGGAGUACCCGUCGUGCAUGCUGAAGCGCCAGCAGGGGGCGCCUAGCGCCGCCAGCGCUGUGGCUGCGCCGGCCGUGAGCGUGAUCGAGCGGCACCAGAAGGAUUCCCCUGUCACCAACCUCAGGAACUGGGUGGACGGCGUGUUCCACGACCCGCUCUUCCGGCACAGUACUUUGAACCAGGCCUUGAGCAACACCACCGUGUCUUGGGCUACCACCAAAGGCUCCAUCUUGGAGACGGGGGCCCUGGGGCGCUCGCUGGGGGGCGGCGCCGCCGCCGCCGCCGUGCUCAAGGGGCAGCUGGCAGGCCUGGCGGGGGCCCCGGACUCCAGCAAAGACUUUCUGGCUUUCCCCAAAGCAGGCGGCAAAAUGUUCUGCUCCUAACGACCAAGCCCCGUCCGCCUCCCUGGGACAGGGUGGGGAGAAGGCAAGACGGGGACGGAGA